UGCUCUGGAGCAGGUGAAUAAAGGACCAGCAGGCAAACAAAAGCAAAGGUUUUAAACAUAGUUUAUCACAACUGUUCUGCUGAGAGGAAUAGAGGAGAGUGGCUUCUUCGCUGACCCCUGUCUGUAUGUGGCAGACUCCACCCAAGGGCCACGUACUCGCCGUCUUCACUAUCUGGAAGAGUAAACCAAAGAGGCCUUUUGGAUUACGUUGAAGAAGAGGUAGUGUAAGUUUCUAUCUUAUCAUGCAACUAUUGUCUGAAGGACAAUUAAGACGCUGUGUUGUUCAACCAGUACAUCUUACAUCAGGGCUGCUCAUAUUUUUUAUCCUGAAGUCUAUCUCAUCCCUAAAACCUGCUCGACUUCCAGUUUAUCAAAGGAAACCUUUUAUAGCUGCUUGGAAUGCUCCAACAGACCUGUGUUUGAUAAAAUAUAAUUUGGCAGUGAACUUAAAAGUGUUUCAGAUGGUUGGAAGCCCUCGGCUCAAAGACAGGAGGCAAAAUGUUGUUAUAUUUUAUGCCAACAAAUUGGGAUCUUACCCAUGGUAUACAUCAGAAGGGGUACCCAUCAAUGGUGGUCUUCCCCAAAACACAAGCUUACAGGUACACCUGGAAAAGGCUUACCAGGAUAUUAAUUAUUACAUCCCUUCUGAAAAUUUCAGUGGACUUGCUGUUAUAGACUGGGAAUAUUGGCGCCCACAGUGGGCCCGGAACUGGAACACCAAGGAUAUCUACAGACAGAAGUCAAGAACUCUUAUUUCUGAUAUGAAGGAGAACAUAUCCACUGCUGAUAUUGAAUAUUUAGCCAAAGCAACUUUUGAGAAAAGUGCAAAAGCUUUCAUGGAGGAAACUAUCAAAUUGGGAAUUAAGAGCAGACCCAAGGGCUUUUGGGGUUAUUACUUGUAUCCUGACUGCCACAAUUACAAUUUUUAUGCUACAAACUAUACCGGGUCAUGCCCAGAAGAGGAAGUUUUGAGGAACAAUGACCUCUCUUGGCUCUGGAACAGCAGUACUGCUCUGUAUCCUGCUGUUAGUAUUAGGAAAUCCUUUGCAGACAGUGAAAAUACUUUGCACUUCUCACAAUUUCGGGUGCGUGAAUCACUGAGGAUCUCUACUAUGACAUCACAUGAUUAUGCUCUGCCCGUAUUUGUCUACACACGGCUGGGCUACAAAGAGGAACCUUUGCUUUUCCUUUCUAAGCAAGAUCUAAUUAGUACCAUAGGAGAAAGUGCUGCGUUGGGAGCUGCAGGCAUUGUUGUUUGGGGAGACAUGAAUUUAACUUCAUCUGCGGAGAACUGUACAAAGGUGAACCGCUUUGUGAACUCUGAUUUUGGUAGCUACGUAAUCAAUGUGACCACAGCAGCUGAAGUGUGCAGUCGUCAUCUUUGCAAGAACAAUGGGAGGUGUGCACGGAAGACAUGGAAAGCAGCUCAUUACCUCCACUUGAACCCUGCGAGUUACCACAUAGAGGCCUCUGCAGAUAGAGAAUUCGUAGUGAAGGGAAGAGCGUCAGAUGCUGACCUAGCCGCCAUGGCAGAGAAUUUUCUAUGUCACUGUUAUGAGGGCUAUGAGGGGGCUGACUGUAGAGAUAUGACAGAGGCCAGUGGCCCCUCGGGGGUUUCCGUUUCCUCUAGUUCAGUAAUAACACUGUGUCUGAUAGCUCUAGCAGGUCAUCAAAGCAUUCAGCUGUGACAUAAUUGACUUUAAAGGGAAUUGUGUCCUUUUAAGUAGGGUAUUAUGGAGCAGAUGGAUUUCACAUGCUCCUCUGAGUUCCUCUGAGAGCCAUUAUAAAUCAACAUUAUGUCACAACAUGAAUAGGAACCUCUUACCUUCUUUGCUACACUUUGGUUGGAAGCCAGGUCUAAGAGAAUAAAGCAGUGCACUCUGUUCUCUUACUUGAAUGUUUCAAUGGCAUUUAAAUCAAAGUUUAUUCUUUUUCUAAUUAUAUAGGCACAAGUGUGCAAAUGAAUAGUAAGCUUAUUAUUUCAAGCACAUUUUCUAGGAAAGCAGUUCAUUUACAGGCAGGUUACAACGUAAGCACCUGGUUCAACAGUCGUGACCCGGUCAACUAAUUCAUCAGAGGAGGUGAACCGCCGUGCUACUGGGCCAGCCUCCGCCUCACUUGCGUCUGUUUCCCUGAUGAACUCAUGGAGGACAGGAUUACUACUGGUGUGGUUUCUCAAGAGAAAGAAUUCAGGUUGCUGACUCCAACUCAUCACAACCAUCAACCUCUUCCUUCUCAGACCUUACCAGUCUGCAAAACAAAAAGGUCCAGGAUCCACUGAACUAUAGAUCCAAAAGCUGAAGUCCUGUUGACGUUUGAAAGUGGAACCUUUCUUUCUUUCUUUUCUUUUUUAUGAAAAGAAAGUGUAUAAGGAAAAUCAGCUACUUUGUCUUCCUCUGUUCCCCAUAUAAAUUUUGAGUAGUAGAUUUGGGUUUAGAAUCACUUUGAACCUGAUUUGAAUUACGCUGUUCACUCUUUAUGUGGGGUUAUAAAUCUUAACAAGUUCUUUACAGCCCUCUUUAUCUUCUGGAAUUUGGUAGUAUAAUUCUUGUCUCAGCGAAUUAGCACAGUAAUUUGCCUUGCACUCCUGGGUUCUUAGUAAUGUAGCUGAUCCAGGACAAUCUCUUGAACACUAAAGCAACAGUCAAGCUGUUUCCUUCUGUGGACAGCGACCAUUUAUAAUCACUUAGACAUUGUGCUGUGUUCCUUGAGGGAUACUCUCAGGGGAUACAGUUUUCUCUCCAUAAAGAUAAUUUAAUAGGAAGAGAAACUCAAGAAAGAUAUGAUGAUACUAAUAAAGAAGGGAUACCACUUGAGUCUUCUCUUCUUUCUUAACUCUUUCAACUCAGGAUCCCUGCUUGCCAGAGGUGACUGUGAAAGUUUAAUUCUGAAAUGUACACUAGAAACAAACAAAGCCUUAAUUAUACUGUGAAUGAAAGGCAUGAUUAUAUAUAUGUAUAUAUAUGCUAUUUAAAAAUUAAAUUCAUUUUUAUAUGAAAGUUGAUGUGAUUAGCAUUACAGAGCAUUUACAAAAUUUUAACAAUAACCAAAGAAAUCACCAAUAAACACCUUACUGUAAGCUGGUAACUUUUUAUGUAGUUUUUACUAAUAUUUCUUAUAAAAUGAUUUUUGUAUGGCUAUAAUUAUAUUUUAUAUUCUGUUUCAAUUAAUGAUGUGUUUUCAUAGCAUUUUGUAAUCUUCACGCAUGUUUUUAAAAAUCUUUUUCUCUUCCAGUAGAGGGAUUAAAGGUUAGGAUUAAUGCAAAC